AUGGAGCUCAUUUGUGAAACGAAUCAAACAUUGUGCCGCACUGUUGCCCCUGCGUCGACAGGUCUGUUAAGUGACUAUGCCACUUGGAUGUUUAAAAUUGUGAAUUACGUCGUACUCAGCAGCGCCAUCAGCAUCGUGGGUCUUGUCGCCAACAGCAUCAACAUCUGCGUGCUGGUCAAGCAGGGCUUCAGCAACUCUAUGAACAUCAGCUUCUUUGGCAUGGCGAUCUCGGACAUCGGCAGCCUGCUGACCCUGCUCUGGCUUAACGCGUGCUUGAGCCCUUUUAUAAAGAACUUUUUUAAUGAUAUACACUAUCUCUUCGGGGCCUGGCUUCAUGGAUGCUCAGCAAGGAUUACAGGCUGGAUAACUGUGUACGUUACCGUUGAACGGUAUCUGUCUAUAGCCAAACCGCUGAAGGUGAAAAAAUGGGUUACGCCGAAUAGGACUGUGGGUAUUGUUGUUACUAUUUAUAUUCUUAACCUCUUAACCCUCUUCCCAGAAGUGUCCACUGUAUACUUCGACUGGAAAAUGGUCACAGGUGAAAGCAAAAUUGUGAAUGGCGUUUACAUAGAAACAGAUGGACUGACUGUCGAGGGUUUGGUUUUCGCGGUACACGCGGCGCUAACAAUGAUGUCAUUCGUGGGGUUGGUCAUUUUCACAAUUGUUCUGGUAUCAAAAAUCAAGAAAAAAUCUCUCUGGCGCAAGUCGGCUACGUCCGACGAGUCGCAGCACGUGGCCAUGUCAAUGAGAGACCGGAAGACUGUUGUCCUGGUCAUCACGGUGGCCACCCUGCUCAUCGUCUGCUACAUACCCACGGUGACCUUCUCCAUCGUGACCAGCUGCGUCCCAGCAUUCAGUUUGCAAGGGAAAGAGUCGAACGUCUUCUACAUCGCCUGGUCCUUUGCUUUCAUCACCCACUCCAUCAACUCGAGUCUAAUAGUGCUGCUUUAUUACAAGAUGAGCUCUAGGUACAGGCAUACCUUUAAUCAGAUCAUUUCUGGAUGUCUUCGCUACAAGAGCAGUCCUAAGAACAUAGAUGGUAAACUGGAAGAUGUCACCAAAUUCUAA